UGAGGGCGCGCUAUGCGGAAGUGACUGCGGAAGGAUUGCUUGCUUCCUGAAAAGUACCGGGGGCUCGGGCUACUCUUGCAUUUUCUGUCCUAUAAUAACUUUGCAAGACAUUUAAACAUGUCGAAGAACACGGUAUCGGACCGCUUCAGAAAGGUUGAUGUAGACGAAUAUGACGAGAACAAGUUUGUGGAUGAAGAGGAAAAAGGCGGAGAGAAUCAGCUGGGUCCAGACGAGGCCGAGGUCGAUUCCCUCAUCAGACAAGGGAACAUGAUGGGUGCACUACAGGCUGCACUGAAGAACCCUCCAAUCAACACCAAGAACCAGAACGUCAAGGACCGGGCUGAGGGUCUGGUACUGAAAGUCUUAACUGCCUUUAAGACUAGCGAUAUCGAGAAAGCAGUACAGUCUCUGGAUAAAACUAAAGUGGAUCUGCUUAUGAAGUACAUCUAUAAAGGGUUUGAACGACCAUCAGAGAACAGCAGUGCAGUGCUGCUCCAGUGGCAUGAGAAGGCUCUUUCUGUAGGUGGUGUGGGCUCCAUCGUGCGAGUGCUCACAGCUAGAAAAACCGUGUAACUCUCUCCAUCAGGAUGCCUUGGCAGCGCUGGCACAGGGAUUGGCUGGCACAACCUCAGCGCCAGGCUCAUCAUUACACUGUGGAGGACGUCAGCCUCUCUCUCUCUCUCUCUCUCUCUCUCUCUCUCUUUUCUUGUUCUUUUUCUCUGUGAUUUUUUACUCUCAUUAUAUUGCUCCCGUUCUGGGUUUCGUCCAGAGACAAAAUACAGCAGCUCAGAUCUGUAUAUCACCUGAACAGCAGCGUUCCUAUUAAGUGGAUUUGCAGAUCUGAUCUCUGUUCUUCACAUGUUUACAAAAGCAGAUGUUCCUCUAACUUCAUCUGCUCCACGUCUUACACCCCAAGGAACUGUUAAAAUAGCUUCAACUGAAUUAAGAUAUAUGUAAUUCUGGUAUAUUAUUAUUAUAUAUACUGGAACGUAUGAGUGUUAACAGAUAUGACUAUAGACUGUUGUCGUGUAUGUUUUGUCAUGUAAGAUGAAAUAUCAUACAGUCUCUCACCCCACAAACAGCUAACCUAAUGCUAAUCAGCUCACAUAAGGGCACGCUCAGCGUACGUGUGUGCUUAUGAAAUCUGCAGGGCCUGAAUCAGGUGCUUUGGCACUGAUGUGUGUCAGUAAAUGACUUUAAAAGUAAUUAAUCAUGGUACGACAUCCCACACCGGCCUCAGUGCUUAGCAUACUUUCCUGAUUAUAAGUCCCACUGGAGUGUAAGAGGCAUCUGCUUAGAUUCAGUGACAGUGUCCAUCUUUUCAACACAGUAGAGUCUUAGCUUUCUGUUAGUCUUCUGCCAUAGCCGACACCUCAGCUUAACGGAUCACCUUUUCUCAUCUCUGUGUAUUGUUAUGCUCAGCUGCCAUCAAAGCAGCUACCUGAAUUACAAACUAUGCCUGUAUCUUACAAGCAUCUGACAGACAAAUGUUAAAGGUUAAGCCAAAAUAAAGAAUAUUAAGUUUGGUUAUAACUAGUGGUAGGACGGUAUACUGUUUAAAAAAAAAAAAAAAAAGGUACACAGAGUUAUGAGAUACCGGUAUACAUCAUUAAAAUAAUUUCGUACUUUUCACACAAGUACAGUCAUACCUGGAUAUAUCCAGGUAUGACUGAUAUAUCCAGGUAUGACUGUUCUUGUGUGAAAAGUACGAAAUUAUUUUUUGAACAUUUAAAAAAGAUGAAGCUCUGAGAACUGUGUAUUUCUGCAUUUUUCUAAUAAACUACUAAAUGCUAAGAGCGGUAAACAUAUGACAGUUUUACUAACUGAAUAAUUGAACAGUCACACUGCCACUGCAGUGUCAUUUGUGGUGUUAAAAUAUGCUCAUUUUAACCAUGUUAACGAGAACCGUCCAUACAAACAGCCUUGUGGUUUUCACUAUUUCAGAAGUCACAACUGAGUUCACAAGAUGUGGUGCAAUAUUGACAUUUCUCAGUAUGGCAGAAGCUAUGGAAGUUCCGUUAGCACUUGAUGCUAUGUUUAAUUACAGUUCAUUUUAGUUGUACGGAGUCUAUUCUUACAAACUGAACAUCACAUCUGAGGAAAAAGUUGAUAUUCUUGAUAGUGUUGUCUUGUUUCUACAGUCGCUACACAACACUGAGGAGGCCAUAUUUGCCCUGUUGCCUAGCAACAUUGCUGUCCCAACUUUACCCACUGGAAUGUUGAGCAUAUUAAUUAUCCGACUUCCCAUUCUGAAAGCACAAGUUCUACGUAUUAAAAGACCAUGAUGAUAGUUUGUAUGAUCAUGAUAAUUGUACCAUUUUCUUGCAAUACCGUUCCAACCAUGAGUUAUAGCUAAACAUUUUGGCUUUAUUUUAUUACUGACAGCCUGUUCCUCAAGGACACUGAUUUAGGAUCAGCUCUUUAUCAAUGUUUAAUUCUGUUUAUCAGGACAGGACAAGCCAAAGACUGAUCCAGCAUCAGCAUGCAGACUUUUGAUCAAAUAAAAUCCAUUGACUGUUGUACUGACACAUGUUUAUGUAUGUCCUGAUCACUUGUAAAGGCGUCAUGUGGGUCUAGCCUUUGCUCACAAUCUGCCAUUUAGUUCAGUAGAUUUAGUAGCCGACUUCUGAGGAGCUGAACACAAAUAUACCGAGUGAGGGUGUGUGUGUGUGUGUGUGCUUUCCCUCGAGUACUGCACAAUAUUGCCGGUACUAAACAUUUCUAGCAUUUCUAACAUUGUAUUUAGGGAAUGCUCUUAGUGUAGCCUUUAUGUAGUCCAUCAAAGAAGCCAUAUGUGAUGAACAGACUGACAUGGCCAUGUUUGAGAGUUUCUAGUUGUCCAUAUCACUCAUUUGAUCAAGUGCGAAUAUAAUGUACCAGUUUACCGACUGCCUUAUGAAUUAUUCCUUUUAUAAUGUGUUGUCCAUUUGGAAGCAAUAAAAAUUGUAUUAAUUGAAAA